GCUGCAGCGCAGGGGUUGUGGCUGAGGGAACAACAGCUCUCCUGCUGUCAGCUCGGCUGCUCCGCACACUUGCACUGGGGAGCGGCGCCUCUGGGAGCCUUGGCCAGAAGCCUGCCCUGCAAGUGGGGCGGAUGAGCCUGCUUCCCCUGCAGCUGGCUCUGCUUUGAGUCUGGAUCUGGCCCGAGAACAUCUGACAGUGGUGGCACUUGAGCAAGGAGAAGGGAGAGGAGACGUGCAGGAGACACACGGGAUCGGGGAAGGACCCAACGACCAUCUCCUGACUUUGGCAGAUAGAGCUGGCCAUCGAUUGGGCGCUUCCUUCAGCGUCACGGGGCGGGUUUCUUUUCCAAGGAGGGUGUUUCCAUCCCCCGUGUCAUCUGUUUUGGCUAUAAAAGUCUGUACUCAGCAUCUGUGAUUCAAACACCAAAAUGGAGAUGAACGGAGAAAAGCAGGAGAGCUCCAGCACGGAGGAAGGCAGGAAGGGGAGAAUGACGCUUCCACUUGCACUGGUAGCGCUGAUCUCUGCCUUUGGAUCGUCCUUCCAGUACGGCUACAACGUGUCCGUGAUCAACUCUCCGGCCCCGUACAUGCAAGACUUCUACAACCAAACCUACAUCAGGAGGCAUGGAGUCCCCAUGGAUGCAGGUUUCCAGACGUUGCUGUGGUCCCUCACAGUGUCCAUGUAUCCCCUGGGUGGCUUCUUUGGGUCGCUCAUGGUGGGACCUCUGGUCAACAACUGCGGCCGAAAAGGGACCUUGCUGAUAAACAACCUCUUCUCCAUUGUUGCUGCAGUCCUUAUGGGAACCUCAGAAAUAGCAAAAACCUUUGAAGUGAUCAUCAUCUGCCGUGUUAUCAUGGGGAUAUAUGCUGGUCUGGCCUCCAACGUGGUUCCCAUGUUCCUGGGAGAAAUGUCCCCCAAAAAUCUCAGAGGUGCUAUUGGGGUAGUACCCCAGCUCUUCAUCACCCUUGGGAUCCUCGUAGCUCAGAUCCUUGGCCUUACCAUGGUCCUUGGGAAUGUCAAAGGCUGGCCCGUGCUCCUGGGGCUCACUGGGAUCCCAUCAGCAUUUCAACUCCUUACAUUGCCCUUUUUUCCUGAAAGUCCCAGAUAUCUGCUGAUACAAAAGGGCAAUGAGGAUCAAGCGCGACAAGCUCUGCAGCGUUUGAGAGGCUGGGAUGACGUGGAUGAUGAGAUAGAAGAAAUGCGCCAAGAAGACAAGUCAGAAAAGGAAGAGGGACAUCUCUCCGUGUUCACCCUGUGCACCUUCAGAGGCCUGCGCUGGCAGCUCAUCUCUAUCGUUGUCAUGAUGAUGGGCCAGCAGCUCUCGGGGGUCAACGCGAUCUUCUACUACGCGGACAGAAUCUUCCUGUCAGCAGGUGUGGAGGCCAACAACGCUCAGUAUGUCACCGUGUCCAUAGGUGCCAUCAAUGUUGUCAUGACUUUGCUUGCUGUUUUCAUUGUGGAGUCCUUGGGGAGGAGAAUUCUGCUGCUUGCUGGCUUUGGGCUGUGCUGUGGCUCCUGUGCAGUGCUGACUUUGGCCCUCAACCUCCAGAACACUGUCUCAUGGAUGUCUUACCUCAGCAUAGUAUGUGUCAUCAUUUACAUCAUCGGACACGCUAUUGGAGCCAGUCCAAUCCCCUUUGUGAUGAUCACUGAGAUGUUCCUGCAGUCGUCGCGGCCUGCUGCCUUCAUGGUAGGGGGGUCUGUGCACUGGCUCUGCAACUUCACUGUGGGACUCGUGUUCCUCUACAUGGAGGCUGGACUAGGGGCCUACAGCUUCCUCAUCUUCUGUGGUAUAUGCCUGGCCACCGUGGUCUACAUCUUCUUCAUUGUUCCCGAGACGAAGAACAAAACCUUCAUGGAAAUCAACAGGAUCAUGGCCAAGAGGAACAAGGUGGAAAUUCAGACAGAUGUAGAACAGAUGAUGGAUUUGCAGACCGUCCCAGGCAUGAAGGCAGACAAGCCAGAAGUUUCGGGCAGUGAUCUGUGACACAACCCAGUGCUUGGCCUGGCUCAGGUGUUUUCCAGGAUCUGGUCAGUGGAAGAACAUGGCUCAAUGCUGACCUUCAUUCAGACUUUCUGCACGACUCCCACAGAAGUUUUCAAAUAAGCUUUUAUUGCGUCUUAUGGUUGUUCUCAUUAUGAGUAAUUAGUAGGACCGCUCUGCUUCGUGGCACGGUGACUUCUGAGGCAAAUUCCCCAUUCUUUGUAUUUGUCACUAUGAAAGGGCAAUGCCUGCAGCCAGCUCAGUUCCUGUGAUCAAGGAACUGAUGUCACGGUGUGGUGCAUGUCCCUUAUGGCUGACCCAACUCGAGUGACACAGAACAGCGCCUGGGCUGGGUUUUGAUCAGUCACAUGCAAGGAGUGCGCUGUACUCCUUGACCAUUCCUUGAGCAUGAAUUUGAGGGUCCAGCAUGCAUGAGGGGAGGCCUUUGGUGCUUGGUAUUCUGAGUGGAGAGUGUGUCAGAUGUGCCAAGGUGCUCUGAUAGAUGGGUUCAUAGUGGCAUGUAUCCUGUCACCUAUCGCCCUCCUGUUGUGUACAAAGGACCAUAAGACUGGAAAUGCACGUGGCUUUAAUCUCACCCCCACCCUGCUCACCAGACGGACCCCUGGAGAGCUAACUGUUGGUGAGUCCUUCCAGAGCCUUAUUCUUGAGCUUAGGAGUGUUCCAUUGGCCGGGUGCGUAUUCACAGGCUGCUGAUACCCAGUUGUUCCUGUGGCACUCCAGUCUUUGGAAAUAACUCCUUUUGUUCCCUGGUGCUCACACUUCAGCUGCCAAAGAGUUUCAGCCCCUCUCCUAAUCCUCUAAGAGCCCCCAGCGGUGUGCUCUGUGUAUGUGAGCCAGGUGGAGCUCACCCAUUCCCAGAGACGUGUGAACUCAGUGAGAACUUGCUGUGUGCUGGGCUCAGGGUCAGGCAGAUUCCUGUGCAGUGACCAUGGGGCCGUGUUUCCAAGCAUGUCCAGAUCUGCCUUUAAGCACCUCGGUGUGAGACACUACUGCUAGUUUUCCAAAGAAUUAAUCUCUCAGGGACCUGACUUGAAAAAGUUCUCAGGUGAUUUAAAGUUUGGUCCUUGAAUGGCUCCUUCUGGUUGCGUCCCUAAGGGCACAGCUCCACCUGAAGGCUGAGCUGGUUUGGAGGAGCCGAGUCUGAAGGACUAGAGCUGACUCACAGAGGAAAUAAAAGUGCACACUGAUAAA